AUGAAAUUUCUUGACAUUUCUUCUCUCGACUCUAUAAACACUGCUUUAGUGUUUGAGAACCCAGAAUGCAGAGUGAUAGGUCGAAUAGAAACUUAUUCUUGUAAACUGGCAGGAGUUGAUAAAAAACUUUAUAAAAAUCUUGAAGGACGAUGGAACUCUCAAUCGCAGAGUGUAUCACCCGACCAACAUAGUUUUCAUAAUAUAAUAUCUCCUUUUGGUCCAAUGGAUCAACCAUCUUCUCGAAGGACUUUGUUUAAUUUGAUAGCAACUCUAAACGCGUCUUAUCCUGAUUAUGAUUUUUCUUCCGAUGUUGAUGAUAUAAUUGAAUUAGAUGAAUGUAACGUUUAUUCGUUUAACCCUGAUAUUGAUUCCGAUCCAAAUGCUGAAGAUGGUGCUAUUAUUAACGCACCUUUACAGGAGGACGAACCAUUAGAUUCUUUUUCGGGCUCUGAAAGUGAUAUCAA